AUGACAGUCAACCAAGAGGCAUUGAUUCAUCAUGUCCAUGAUCGAAUUUCUACACUCUUGGGGGCACUCAAAGGGAUGGCCGCUGAAAUUCAAAUCACCUAUGAUGAAGCAAGGGUCUGUGAAGAGAAAGCAGUGGACACAGCAAGAGUGAUGGAAGUGAUGUUUAGGGCCACCCAUGAGAACUUGAUUUCGGAUGAUGAUUAUUACCUCGUUGUCUCUGAAUGCGUUCACACUAUGAAGAACAGGUUUUUGGAGAGGGGAAUUCAAGGAAAAAUGGUCAAGGAGCAGGAGAAAAUAAGGGCAGAGCUUAAGGAGAGAGUAGCAGCUCAAGGUGCAUUGGUGCAUGAGGAAGUUGAGGAAUCUGAGUUAAUGGAUUUGGUAUCAGAGGAAGCUUCUACUUCCAAGGCACCUGUGCUGAAGAAGAAGAAACUUGUUUUGAAAAAUCAGGAAGCCAAAAAGUUGCCCACCCUCAGGAAGAGGAAGAGGGCGAAGGCUUAG